AUGCGCCGACCGGUGAACUACGGCGUUCGCAUCGUCCCGGAGAAGUCCGUCGUCGUCAUCGAGCGGUUCGGGAAGUUCCACACGACGCUCGGCGCGGGGAUCCACCUUCUCGUGCCGCUCGUGGACCAGAUCGCGUACGUGUGGCACCUGAAAGAAGAAGCCAUCCCGGUGGCGAAUCAAACCGCAGUGACCAAGGACAACGUCGCGAUUACGAUCGACGGCGUGCUGUACGUGAAAGUCGUGGACCCGUUCAAGGCGUCGUACGGCGUGGAGAAUCCGAUAUACGCGCUGUCGCAGCUCGCGCAGACGACGAUGCGAAGCGAGAUCGGCAAGAUAUCCCUGGACAAGACGUUCGAAGAGCGCGAUCAUCUCAACGCGCGCAUCGUUCAGACCAUCAACGAAGCGGCGACGUCGUGGGGGCUGGAGUGCAUGCGUUAUGAGAUCAGGGACAUCGUGCCCCCGACCGGAAUCAAGGUCGCGAUGGAGAUGCAAGCGGAAGCGGAGCGUCGGAAGCGCGCCACCGUGCUCGAGUCUGAGGCGGAUCGCGAGAGCGAAGUCAACCGAGCCGAGGGCGCGAAGACGAAGGUGAUCCUCGAAGCGACCGCGGAGGCGGAGAGCAUCAAGGUCAAGGCGACCGCGAUGGCGGAGUCCUUGGCUGUGGUCGGCGGGCAGCUCAUGGAGAAGGGCGGGAUGGAAGCCGCGCGCGUGCGCGUCGCGGAGCUGUACUUGAAGGAGUUUGGAAACAUCGCCAAGGAAGGGAACACCGUGCUGCUGCCCGCGGACGCGGGGAACCCGGCGAGCAUGGUCGCGCAGGCGAUGGCGGCGAUGGGGGCGACGGGCGGGUUCGAUGGGUUCGGUGGGCACGGUGGGCUCGGCGGCGGCGGCGGCGGCGGCGUGGUGAACAAGGCGACGAACGCGAGGAAGAAGGCGGCUAUCGCGGAUGAAGAUUUCGGCGGCAUCGCCGCGGGCGACGGCGAGACGACGUCGAAGGCGAAGCCGUCGAAGCCGUCGAAGCGUGCGGGUAAGCUCGACGACGAGGAGUACCGCACCGCGAGGUCCUUCAUGAAGGCGCUCAUGGGCGAGGUGGAGGAGCGACCCGAGGCGGAAACGAUGCGGCAGAGGGCGAAGCUGUCGCGUUAGUCUCAAACGCGUGUACAUAAAAAACGAUCAGCCUCGCCUCGUCGCGUCGGGCUCGAGUUCUCAUCUC